CGGGCGAAUGUCGUCACCGCCGCGCAGCGCGGGCGCAGAGCCCUGCCCUCAGCAGAAAGAGUCUUAUUUUUUUUUUUUUUCCGCUGUUUUUUUCUCCGCCCCUAAGAGGUUGAUCCAAACCCGGAGUUCCGCUAGGUCCAACAGGAGGGUUUACGGCGUGAGCGGCGUACCUGGGGAGAGGUUUAGGCAGCGGCAACCGCUGAUUGGCAGUAAAGGGGUUCACUCCCCAUCUCCUGCUCGGGCAAAACCGGGACAGCCAAUCAGAGAGAGGACUAAAGGAAACGACCCAAUCCUGGAGCAGGGCUGAGGGAGGGGGUGGGGGCAAAUGGCUCAGGUGGACUCCGGGCUGGAGCUGUUCUGGGGGAGCUUGUUUGCGGCGGCUGCUGCUGCCACUGCUGUGCUGGGGGUCCGGUCGCCAGGCAAAAAGCCCUCCCACAUUUGAGGGGAGUCAUGAGCCGUUUCCUGAAUGUGUUAAGAAGUUGGCUGGUUAUGGUGUCCAUCAUAGCCAUGGGGAACACGCUGCAGAGCUUCCGAGACCACACCUUUCUCUAUGAAAAGCUGUACACUGGCAAGCCAAACCUUGUGAAUGGCCUCCAAGCUCGGACCUUUGGGAUCUGGACGCUGCUGUCAUCGGUGAUUCGCUGCCUCUGUGCCAUUGACAUUCACAACAAGAUGCUCUAUCACAUCACACUCUGGACCUUCCUUCUCGCCCUGGGGCAUUUCCUCUCUGAGUUGUUUGUCUAUGGAACUGCAGCUCCCACAAUUGGCGUCCUGGCCCCUCUGAUGGUGGCAAGUUUCUCCAUCCUGGGUAUGCUAGUCGGGCUCCAGUACCUAGAAGUAGAACCAGUAUCCAGACAGAAGAAGAGAAACUGAGGCCAGCAUUACCACCUCCGAGACUUUAUCGUCUUCCGCCUUGGCCGUCUUCUUCCUUCAUCGUCUCUCGUCUUUAAUUUCUUCUUUUCUGUUCCAUCAUCAGCCCCUUUAUUCACUUUUAGCCUCUUUUUUAUUUUUAAUUUUUAAAAUUUAAAGAUACGCAUACAGAAAAGUAUAUAACAUGUAUGUACAAUUUAAAGAAUAAUUUUAAAGUGAAUACUAUAUAACUCCAUCCAAGUCAAGAAAUUGACAGCUCCUCGGAAACCCACUGUGUCUCCUUCCCCCACCUGCAACCUCUUUCCAGGAUUCCUGUUUCCAGCCUUCCCCUUUUUCCCUUUUAUUUUCAUGCCUUGAUUUGACUUGUGUGGUGGGAACAUGUGAACUAUGAAACUUAAACCCGCUGCCCACCCAGAGCAGCUGUGACCAAGGGCUGCCUCAAGGGGUUGUCCACGCAGGUUGGGCUCCUCUCUGCUGCUGGACCCAAGACUCUGAACCUUCCAAGGGACAGGCAGUUCUUCUAAGAAGGGCUCCCCUGUGUGUGAGCAAGACCAUGGCUCUCCCUCUGUCUACAGAUGCAUGAGGGUUGGAAGAGUCUGGGCUGUUUUUAGACCUUCUGGUCAGCUGUAUUUGUGUAACAACUUUUGUAAUAAAUAGAAAAACCCUCUGCUCUGA